AUGACACAUCGCACUUUCGCUCAUUACAAGCUGAAUCAGAUGUCGGGUCAGCCUCUGACCCGAACUGUCUACCAGUUCAGAAAUUGUCGACCCGCGGUUCGGGUCACUGACCCGCGACCCGUUAAGGAACCCUGUGCCUGCAAGGUGCAGUACAAAGAAGAACACAAUCUUGAUCCUUGCAACGAGGAUGGUGAAGAACAAGAACAAGAGUCUGUCACGAAGUUGAAAGCGAGUUGGAUCCUUUAUGCCAACUCGGGGUCCGCAUUGUAUGCGGUCGGGAUCAUGGAGUUGAAAGUGGAUUACAAGCGAAGUUCCAACCACAUGACUAAUUUCGUGAAGCUGGCAAAGGAAAUGAAGCGCAUUUUACUUGAACUGAUCUGUCUCGGUGUACAAGCACCCUUAGUGUGCGGCAUUUUGAUAGAAGGUGAUCGCUACGAAACCUUUGCGAUGGACCUGGCAUACAAAGAUAUCUAUCGGAUGAUGCAGUUGGCCAAGGCUACUUUGUGCACAUCAUUGCGGGUGUUUGGUCUGUUCCCUGUCGUCUUGUUAUGCACUGAUUACGAGAGAAUCAGUGCAAGCUGGACAAGAAGAUGA